CAUAUUGGGACAUUGCCUCCAGCUUUUCCGUACCGCUGCUCUCGCGAGACAUCCGCGAUCGGCUGGCCGGAAAUCUAGGAAGAGGUCGGGAGAAGUCAGACGGUAGCGAGUCCUCGUCAUUGCUUAACUAUUCGCUUUCCCUCAGUACCAGCUCCGGCUCCCCAGAGGACCCCUCGCCUCACCUGUUGGUCCGCUCCGCGAGGGACUGUGCAGGAGGCCGAGCGAGCGCCUGCAGGGCUCCCGCCGACCCGCAGCGCCCUCAACUCCGCUCGGCCAGGGGCAGCAGGCACUUGGGCCAGGCGCGGUCACUUACUGAAGCGGCCGCUGGGCGCGAGGGACCUCUCCAUCCUCCGCCCUCCGGGCAGGAAACCCCCAUUCUUUGCAGGGGGAGGAGCCAACGGUUCUGCCUGAGGGUCUCCCCCUCCCGGCUGCGCUGGGUGGGGCGGGCUCAGGGUCGCGAUGACCCAGGAGCGGCCCACGUUCUAUCGGCAAGAGCUGAACAAGACGGUCUGGGAGGUACCGGAGCGCUACCAGAACCUCUCGCCGGUGGGCUCUGGCGCUUACGGCUCUGUCUGCUCUGCCGUUGAUGUUAAAACUGGGCUGCGAGUGGCUGUGAAGAAAUUGUCCAGACCAUUUCAGUCUAUCAUUCAUGCGAAAAGGACCUACCGUGAACUUCGUCUGCUUAAACAUAUGAAACAUGAAAAUGUUAUUGGUCUUCUAGAUGUGUUUACACCUGCAAAAUCGUUAGAAGAAUUCAAUGAUGUCUACCUUGUAACCCAUCUAAUGGGAGCAGAUCUCAACAAUAUUGUGAAAUGUCAGAAGCUCACAGAUGACCAUGUACAAUUUCUUAUCUAUCAAAUUCUUCGUGGUUUGAAGUAUAUCCAUUCUGCUGACAUUAUACACAGAGAUUUAAAACCUAGUAACCUAGCUGUAAAUGAGGACUGUGAGCUGAAGAUUCUGGAUUUUGGGUUGGCGCGCCACACAGAUGAUGAGAUGACAGGUUACGUAGCAACCAGGUGGUACAGAGCUCCUGAGAUCAUGCUGAACUGGAUGCAUUACAAUCAAACAGUUGAUAUUUGGUCAGUGGGAUGCAUUAUGGCUGAACUAUUGACUGGAAGAACACUUUUCCCUGGUACGGACCAUAUUAACCAGCUUCAGCAGAUCAUGCGUCUGACGGGAACACCCCCUGCAUAUCUUAUUAACAGGAUGCCCAGCCACGAGGCAAGAAACUACAUACAGUCCUUGUCUUACAUGCCGAAGAUGAAUUUUGAAAAUGUAUUUAUUGGUGCCAAUCCACUGGCUGUAGACUUGCUGGAAAAGAUGCUAGUGCUGGACACAGACAAACGAAUCACUGCUGCAGAAGCUUUGGCACACGCCUAUUUUGCUCAGUAUCAUGAUCCAGAUGAUGAGCCAGUGGCUGAUCCCUAUGAUCAGUCCUUUGAAAGCAGAGAACUUGAUAUUGAAGAAUGGAAAAGCCUGACCUAUGAUGAAGUAGUUAGCUUUGUUCCACCACCACUCGACCAAGAGGAGAUGGAAUGUGGUAGUGCAAUUGAUAAAAAUAUCUACUCCCUUGAGUUUUUUCCCACUGUUUCAUCCAUCUUGUUUUCUUUCCACAAAGAAAUUCAUUCAGAAGAACUGCAUGCACUGGAGAGUUCAGCUCCAGACAUGCAGGAGAUGAGCCUCAACAGGAGAAAGGGUUUCUGCAGGCAUGAAGUCAACAAAACAGUAUGGGAGCUUCCUAAGCAGUAUACUUCAAUUACCCCCAUAGGAUCUGGGGCCUACGGCUCUGUAAGCUCAGCAAUAGAUAAAAAAACAGGCGAGAAGGUGGCUAUCAAGAAGCUCUGCCGCCCUUUUCAGUCUGAGAUCUUUGCCAAGAGAGCAUAUCGAGAACUCACACUGCUGAAGCACAUGCAGCAUGAGAAUGUCAUUGGAUUACUUGAUGUAUUCACUUCAGCUACAACCUUUGAUGGAUUCCAGGACUUCUACCUUGUGAUGCCAUACAUGCGAACAGACCUACAAAAGAUCAUGGGACAUCAGUUCAGUGAGGAAAAGGUCCAGUACCUAAUCUACCAGGUGCUGAAAGGCCUGAAGUAUAUUCAUUCUGCUGGAAUCAUUCACAGGGAUCUGAAGCCUGGCAAUUUAGCAGUGAAUGAAGAUUGUGAACUAAAGAUCUUGGACUUUGGCUUGGCAAGGCAUGCAGACACCGAGAUGACAGGCUAUGUGGUGACUCGCUGGUACAGGGCACCCGAAGUGAUACUGAACUGGAUGCAUUACAACCAGACGGUGGACAUCUGGUCUGUUGGCUGUAUCAUGGCAGAAAUGUUGACCGGGAAGACUCUGUUUAAAGGUAAAGACUAUCUAGAUCAACUGACUCAGAUCUUACGAGUGACAGGCAACCCGGGAGAAGAGUUUGUGCAGAAGCUGGAAGACAAAGCGGCUAAAAGCUACAUACAAUCACUCCCCAAGAUUCCCAAAAUGGAUUUGUCUCUGCUUUUCCGCAAAGCCAGUCCUCUGGCAGUGGACUUGCUUGACAAAAUGUUGCAGCUGGAUGUGGGAAAGCGUCUUACAGCCACCCAAGCUCUGGCCCAUGCAUACUUUGACCCUUUCAGAGAUGUUGAGGAAGAGACAGAGGCACAGCAGUCCUAUGAUGAUUCCAUUGAGGGUGAAAAACUUUCCAUCAAUGAAUGGAGAAGGCAUGUUUACAAUGAAAUACUGUCCUUCAGCCCAAUUGCACGAAAAGACUCCAAGAGGAGAAGUGGUAUGACAUUGUAAGCGCUGGCAUGCCUGACACUGGGCUGUCUUUCCCAUGAUACAACGUAGAUCAGCAUUUUGACCCCAACCAAGAGUAAAUAUUCAUCAGCAGGAAAAAGUCUGCAUAUGUAGAACAUAAGGACUAAAUGUAUAAUGGGAGUGCAGUCUUAAUCUGAAGGCAAGAAUUGCACAAGCAACAUCUUUCUCUGCCAAAAAUGAAGAUGCUUCUUAUUAAAAGUACUUUGUGAUA